AUGCGUCCCGCAACCGCCGCGACGACAGCCUCGUCCCCAGAGGCGGGGACUUCCCUUAAGGCGAACCUAGUGCACGUGGCGCCGGUACCGUUGAUGCGGGUCGGGUGGCAGCCAGAUCUGCCACGGCCAGAACCGGUGUCCUCUUCCUCCCUAUCCAGCUUCCUCCCAUGGUUGAGAAGAGGGCUUCGUCAAGGAUCCCAUGAUGAAGGUCAACGUGGGAGGCUGCUUCCUUCGAUGGAGGCCAUGAGUGCCACGUGGGCACACACGUGGCUGCGCUUCAAGGUCAACCCUCGCCCAUCCUUUCUCUUCGAUUUGAUUUGA